AUGACUGUUCUACCCAUGCUAGAUUUCAGUGAUGUCAUCUACAGAUCUGCCUCAAACUCUCUCCUGAAAAAACUGGAUGAAGUCUACCACAGUGCCAUCCGUUUUGUUACAGGCAGCAGCUCCCCUGGGUUCACCACAGCAGCUCCUUCCAGCACAGGUCUAAGUUUGGAUGCUGCUGACAUCGCCGUUGUUGUCAUCUACUUUGUCUUUGUCAUGGUGGUUGGGAUCUGGUCAUCAGUGAGAGCCAAUCGCAGCACUGUGGGGGGGUACUUCUUGGCUGGCCGUUCAAUGACCUGGUGGCCUAUUGGAGCCUCUCUGAUGUCCAGUAAUGUUGGCAGCGGUUUGUUUAUUGGCCUGGCGGGAACAGGAGCAGCCGGAGGAAUCGCUGUUGGGGGAUUUGAAUGGAAUGCAGUGUGGGUCCUGGUGGCUCUGGGUUGGAUCUUUAUCCCUGUCUACAUCUCUGCUGGUGUGGUGACCAUGCCUGAAUACCUGGCCAAACGCUUUGGAGGCCAGAGGAUACGCAUAUACAUGUCUGUUUUGUCACUCAUCCUCUACAUCUUCACCAAAAUAUCUACAGAUAUCUUUUCGGGGGCGUUGUUCAUCCAGGUGUCGUUAGGCUGGGAUCUCUAUGUGUCUACAGGGAUACUGCUGCUUGUCACUGCUGUUUACACUGUGGCAGGGCUGUACCCAAAUCAGGAUCUGAGUUGA